UCGAAAUAAGCUGUUUCCGAAGAAACAGAUAACCAAUCAGUGAAAAGAUUGCAGAAGCGGCAAAGCGUGCUCCAAUUAGAGGCAAGGAUGACCUGCUUGCGGAUUGUGUUGUCGCUUACAAUAAAUCAGGAGGAGUUGUAAAUUGCAAAACCUUCACAUACAGAGCAUAGUGCACUGUGAGGAGUAGAAAUGGGGCGUUGUUUUUCUUUGGUAAUUUUUGGAUUUAAUAAAAUAGCAACGAGAUAGAGGAUUCUGAGAGAUAAGCAAGGCGGGCCGCGGGCCGUCGGUGCCACCAUGCCGGAGUCCAGCGACGCCAGUGUGGUGAAGAUCGCCGUGCAGAUGGACGGCAAGCAGCCGAUCCUCACCGAGUUCGACCUGCGACUGCCGCUGCACAAACACGUCCUCGACCUGGCCAACAGCUGGGGCCUCGCAGACUCCACGCAGUACGCCCUCAAGUUCACCGACAAUGCAGAGCGCUACAUCACCGAGAAGAACAAACUGGAAGUGCGCAACGGUUCGGUGCUGUACAUGGACGUCUCGCCGGCGCGGGCCUCGGCCGCCAUCGUGCAGCAGCUGGGCCGCCAGUCGCCCGACAUUCUGGCCGCCGAGGGCCUGGAGACCCUGUGCCGCCUGAGCACCGACCCGACGUUCGCCGCCGAGUUCGUCUGCGAGCAAGGCCUGCAGCUGCUGGUCGCCGGCAUCGAGCACGGCCGCUUCGUGGACGCGGCGCUGGCCAACGCGCUCACCAGCUUCCUGGAGCUGAUGGAGCACGGCAUAGUGCUCUGGGACAGUGUUGAGCCGAGCCUGGUGUCGCGCGUGGCCUCCGAGGUGAACCGGCUGGCGGCCGAGCACGCGCCCAGCCGCGCCGCCGACCGCACCAGCCGCAUCAGCGAGCGCUGCAGUCAGAUCGACCUGCAGACGCCGCCCAACCGACUCAGCGUACACAGCCAGAAGACGCUGCGCGCCGCCCUCGCCAUCCUCGAGAGCGUCAUCGUCAACGUGCCCGAGCGGCACGAGCUGAUCGGAGACGAGAUCGAGAUGUCGCGGCUGGUGACGCACCUGCAGCGCUCGGACGCCACCGUCCAGCAGAACGCGCUGGCGCUCAUCAACGCGUUGUUCGCGCGCGCCGACGGGGAGCGCAAGGGAGAGUACACGACCAUGCUCAACUCCAAGGGCUUCCGUAACGUCAUCCAGACGUAUGUGAUCAACCUGAAGGGCGGCAACGAUCUGGGCGAGGAGCUCGCGCACCAGCUGUACGUGCUGCAGACGCUGAACCUCAACCUGCUGGAGACGCGGAUGCGCACCCCGGUGCGGCCCGAGGACUCGGACGUGCUAGAUAAGAUCAAAGAACUGCGCAAGCUGGCAUUAGACGACGAGACCAAGGGCUCAACCAACCGCAAGCCGGGAAGUUUCGCCAAGGACUACCAGCAGCUCGGCUUCCAGGACGGCAUCAACCCGGCCAACGACUUUGGCGCCACGCCGCCGGGGGUGCUGGCGCUGGACUGCAUGCUGUACCUGGCGCGCUGGCAGCGCGAGCUCUACACGCGCCUGGUGCUGGAGAACUCAUGCGGCUCCGACCACGAGUGUCCGUUCGGGCGCACCUCGAUCCGCCUGGCGGCGCUUCUGUGCGACAUCCUGAAGGUCGGAGUGCCGCCCUCCGACGAGGGAAACACCUUCUAUCCCAUGUUCUUCACGCAGGACAGGCCUUUUGAGGAGUUCUUCUGCAUCUGCAUCAAUCUGCUGAACAAAACGUGGAAGGAGAUGCGCGCCACGGCGGAAGACUUUGACAAGGUGAUGUCGGUGGUGCGGGAGCAGAUCACGCGCGCGCUGCACGGCGGACAGAAGCUGGCCGACGGCGGCGGCGGCAAGCACGAGCCGCAGUCGCGUCCGGACCCGCCGGCCACGCUGGAGGCGUUCCGGAACCGGCUGAACACCUACCUGACGUACUCUCAGAUCAACGCCAUCUGGCAGCAGGAGCAGAACACAAAGGAGGAGUGGGAGAGCCAGGCGCGGCCGAUCGUGGAGCUGCGCGAACAGAUAACGCCCGAGAUGCUGGAGCUGAUCCAGAAGCAGCGCCUCAUCUACAUGGUGGAGGGCACGCGCUUCACAAAGUACACGGCGCGCGGACAGCGUGUGAAGGAUAAGUUCUGGAUGGUGCGUCUGUCGCCGAACCACAAGGUGCUCCACUACGGCGACUGCAGCGAGUUGGCCACCCCGACGCUGGACGAGCUCACCAACAAGCUGGCCGUGCACGAGGUGCGCGCGCUGGUCACCGGACGCGACUGCCCGCACAUGAAGGACAGCAAGGGUAAGAAGUCGACCUUCCAGCUGGCGUUCUCGCUGCUGUACGAGUCGCCAGAGGGCGGCUCGCUGGACUUUGUCGCUCCCGAUGGAAAGACGUUCGACUACUGGACAGACGGCAUCAACGCCCUGCUCGGCAAGAAGAUGAGUUCGGAGGAGGCGCGCCGCGACCUGGACAUGCUGCUGGCCAUGGAGAUAAAGCUGCGGCUGCUGGACACGGACGGCCUGGAGAUCCCUCAGGAGCCGCCGCCGAUCCCGCCCGACCCGCCCAACUACGACUUCUGCUGCGACUGAGCGGCGCCGCACCCGUCUCCCGGUCAGUCCUGGUCCGACCGCGCCGCCUCCUACCCUCCCCCGACCGGCGGCCCCUCUCCCCCCCCCCGACCCAGUCCAGUCCGCCGGCUCCCCUCUGUCUCAGUCCGACCCCCCGGCGUCCCGUGGCGACAACCGCAGUCUUCCUAGGAGCACGUGCGAAUCGGAAUGUGAGCUCGAGAGAAGGGGGUUCGUGGAAAAUGAGUUACCACGCGCCUCUCUUUUUGGGUGAGCCUUGCGAGGAAGCUGUCAUUUAAGUUGUCCUGUGCUGGCAUUGCACAGGUGACACCUCACUUUAGUGGAAUUCAUUGAUAUAGCGCAACAAUGCCGCAUGAAUUAGCGUGAAUGGUAUACGUGUUUGCUUCCUCGAGUUGUCAGAUUUAGUUGUCACUAGCUCAGCCUUAACAGUCUACAACUGCUGGAGCUUAGGUUGCAAAUACCAUGCUUCGUUGAGCUUGCCAAAAAUAAGAUCUCACUAUCUGUGGAUUGAUGAAUAGGCGUGCCAUUGUGCAGCCCCCACCGGCAUGUUGUGCUACAGUCAAGCUCAUUGGUUUGUUCAUUUGUCAGUAAUGUUGAUUCGACGGUACAUUACCAUUAUUUGGAGCGCGAAAUGCAGAUGUGCACCACGAGAUAAUGCUGAACCACGUUCGGGACCAACUCUGAAUCCUAUCCACGGUUGCAAUAAUAAUUCAUGUUAGUCAUUUGUAGUACAUUUCGGAAGCUUAACUUCAUGGAGUCGUUUAACUAUAUUUUGAUGUUGAAUUCAAACCAUUUUCCAAUGGCUUUGACCGCUCAGUGCUAGUCGGAUUCUGAGACAUCAAGUGAAAAAAUUAUUUGCGUGAGUGUGCCGCGACUUCGUUCCCAUAAUUAGUUGAUAGUCUGAAAACUAUUAUAAAAUUGCAUAUUUAUCAUGCGCGAGGCGUGCUUUGCUUUUACGUAUAAGUGCUUUGCCCUUUUUAGCUUGCAUGAAUUCUAAGUGGAAUACUGAAACACCCAAGAGAUUGCAAAAUGGAAGCCUGGCGCUAUAUUUGAUCCGUCAUGGGGUCAUUCGCACUGAGGUCAAACUGAGCUUAUUUUUAUAAGCCUUUAGCAUGCUCUUUAGAUGCGUACAGGCUUAGUCACGUUCUUAGCUUGCGUCGACUGUUAAGUGGUUAUCAUUUUCUGUUUGCGAAUUAGAGCGUUGUUGAAAGUGUCCCGUGAUUUCUAAGUCAACUCGUAUCCAAACUAAGACAUCCCAUCCUCGAAAGUGGCAUGAACUGGUUGCGUGAUGUGGGGACUGAAGCAUCCCUGUGCUUCAUCAGUCCUGAUCAUUUUAUACGAUGGUUUGCGAAGAGAUGCGGUCUUGAUACACUGUACGUACAUAUGCGUAUAAAUAUAUUUUAAGUUUUAUCAA